GUUACCAGUGGAAUUAUUUCUUAUUACAUCAACAUCGUCGUCUGCUAGAAAGCACAUUCAUUCGCAGGUAAAGUUAUCAUAUUUAACUGCAAAUUAGAGAUAUAAAACAAGAAAUAAGACACAAAGAACAUAUCUAUGCAUGGUCUGUGGUAGCUGGCACUCGUUUUGGAAUUGAUUCCUUCACUGAAAAAGUUAUAAAACACAGACAAGAUGGCGGAACUUGGUGCUCACUUGACAUCAACGACAGUCUCAAACAGACCUUCAUUUUUUGAAGUUCUUGCUCAAGAAAGUUUGAUGAGUACACUUCGACCGGCCAUGAAGCAUUUGAUAAAGAUUCUUGCUGAACACAAUCCAGCUCGGUAUGCCAUCCUCUACCGGUUCGCUGAUGAAAUCUACACAUCAGUAGACGUACUUCUGCAACAUCAUUUCCUAAGCACAACCAGUGCAUCAUUUGCAGAGAACUUCUACAGUUUAAAGCGAGUUUGUGCUGCGGCUUCAGGCAUCAAAGCACAGUCGGAUGUUCCACAAGGCCUAAGAAGUUGGCAGCAUCUGAGAUCCAUUAUCUUCCUGGCACUUGUUCCGUACCUGAAGCUGAAACUAGAAGCUUUGUAUGAGAGGUGGAGAGAUGAAGAUUUGGAUCGACCCGGUGCAGUAGUAGAGCAACUUAGACUACGAAGGAUCUUCAAGACAGUCUUCCCAUUCCUACAUAUGACAUUAGAGAGCACCAUGUUCUUCUAUCAGUUGAGAUAUCUCUUUGAUAAGUCCGAUUGCCAUUCUCCGUUCUUGAAGCUUGCAGGAGUAAGAUUAAAAAACCUGAGUAGGGAGGAUAUACUAUUCCAGGCCUCUCAGGGAUCAGUUGUUGGACAAAAUACAGGUCUGUCGUCAGGUUUGUGGCAUUAUCUCAAGCGAGGCAUCGGCAUUGCUGCAAUCUCCAUCUCACAGGGUCUCUCAGUCAGUAUCUUCUUCCUACAGUUCUUGGAGUGGUGGUACAUGAGUCAAGACAAUCAGAGUAGACUGGCUGUUACUGCAUUACCAAUACCUAAACCACCUAAGGUUGAGCAAAAAGAGAAGAGCGCAGUUCCUGAAGAUGUAUCUUUAUGUCCUCUGUGUCACAAGCACAGAACGAACGAUACUGCAUUAUCAACAUCAGGAUAUGUUUUCUGCUACCCAUGUAUCUACAGUUUCCUUAAAGGUCACCACUGCUGUCCAGUCACAAGCUACCCAUCGAAACUCAGUCAUCUUGUCAAACUCUAUCCACCAGACUCUUGAUGUCUCGAACUUUGACCUUUGUGUCAACGAACAUAGACUAGCCAAAGUGCCUUGAUUCAGAUAUGGACUUGUAAUAUACAAACAUCUGAACAAAUUGAUUUGUUACAGAUGCUGUUUUGGGGUUUUCUCAACACUAUGCACUUUAAAACAAAUUCCACAUGUUAUCUUUUACAGGUUUGAUAUUUCAAUACUUUGUAUGAGUGAUACAGUCCUAUAUUAAAUUUUGUACAUUUUAUAAUAUAUAAAAAUUUUCCCAGGUUGUUUUUUCCAGGAACUUUUAUAAAUUGUUUUAUUUGGAGAGUAUGGUAUCAUUGGGUGUGUUCGUUUA